AAGCAGCAGAGCAACAUUUUGCCCCUCCGUGAGAUCCGAGGACUGCUACUGAGAAUCACUGGAAGUUCUGACCACAGGAUUUCUCCAAACUCUUUUUUUUGCAAGUAGUACAAUAGAUACUUUACCCAACACAGAGAGAGAGAGCGAUGGGAAGGAGUAUUUUGUUGCUGAUUUUGACAACAACCCUGGCAUGGGUGUCACAGACUGAGACGGUAAGUAAGAAGUGUAUAACUUGUGUUUACGCUGCAACACAUUGGGAAUGCAUUUAUUUUCAAAAUGUUCGAUAUUUCUCAGCUUGUGUUCAUUUUGCCAUGUCUAUUAGUAUUUUAAGAUUCAUUUUCAAAGUUGCUUUCUGUGUUUGUCAGAGGAAUGUAAAACAUAACCAGUGGGGGGAAAGGACCCUAUUGUCAUACUUGAGUAAAAGUAAAGAUACCUUAAUAGAAAAUGACUCAAGUGAAAGUCGCCCAGUAAAAUACUACUUGAGUAAAAGCCUAAAAGUAUUUGCUUUUAAAUAUACUAAAGUAUCAAAAGUAAUUUAAAAUUCCUUAUAUUAAGGAAACCAGACUGCACCAUUUCCUUGUUAUUUUUAAUGUACGGCUAGCCAGUGGCACACUCCAACACUCAGACAUCAGUUACAAACGAAGCAUGUGUUUUAGUGAGUCCACCAGAUCAGAGGCAGUGGGAUGACCAGGGAUGUUCUCUUGAUAAGUGUGUGAAUUGGAUCAUUUUCCUGUCCUGCUAAGCAUUCAAAAUGUAAUGAGUACUUUUGGGUGUCAGGGAAAAUGUAUGGAGUAAAAAGUGCAUUGUUUUCUUUAGGAAUGUAGUAAAGUAAAAGUUGUCAAAAAAAUAAAAGGUAAAGGACAGAUACCCCAAAAAACGAGUAAUUUCAAGUAUUUUGCACCACUGAACGUAACCUUGUGUUUGUCUGAUGUCAUAGCAUCCAUAACAAUACUACAUCUGUGUCGAGCCAAUGCUGUAUCAUACCAUGAUGCUUUUCAUAACAGAUGUCUGUUCUUCACAGGGCUUGCUGAGACAGAAAAGACAGCUUUCUAAUUUCCCCUAUCGAAGGAAAUCAGGUACAUCCAGCUCAAUCAAGCUCUACGCCACCACAUACAGUGAGGGAAAAAAGUAUUUGAUCCCCUGGUGAUUUUGUACGUUUGCCCACUGACAAAGACAUGAUCAGUCUAUCAUUUUAAUGGUAGGUUUAUUUGAACAGUGAGAGACAGAAUAACAACAACAAAAAUCCAGAAAAACGCACGUCAAAAAUGUUAUAAAUUGAUUUGCAUUUUAAUGAGGGAAAUAAGUAUUUGACCCCUCUGCAAAACAUGACUUAGUACUUGGUGGUAAAACUCUUGUUGGCAAUCACAGAGGUCAGACGUUUCUUGUAGUUGGCCACCAGGUUUGCACACGUCCCACUCCACUUUGCAGAUCUUCUCCAAGUCAUUAAGGUUUCGAGGCUGACGUUUGGCAACUCGAACCUUCAGCUCCCUCCACAGAUUUUCUAUGGGAUUAAGGUCUGGAGACUGGCUAGGCCACUCCAGGACCUUAAUGUGCUUCUUCUUGAGCCACUCCUUGGUGCCUUGGCUGUGUGUUUUUGGUCAUUAUCAUGCUGGAAUACCCAUCCACAACCCAUUUUCAAUGCCCUGGCUGAGGGAAGGAGGUUCUCACCCAAGAUUUGACGGUACAUGGCCCCGUCCAUCGUCCCUUUUCCACCUCCAUGUUUGACGGUGGGGAUGGUUUUCUUGGGGUCAUAGGCAGCAUUCGUGCUCCUCCAAACACGGCGAGUUGAGUUGAUGCCAAAGAGCUCGAUUUUGGUCUCAUCUGACCACAACACUUUCACUCAGUUCUCCUCUGAAUCAUUCAGAUGUUCAUUGGCAAACUUCAGACGGGCCUGUAUAUGUGCUUUCUUGAGCAGGGGGACCUUGCGGGCGCUGCAGUAUUUCAGUCCUUCAUGGCGUAGUGUGUUACCAAUUGUUUUCUUGGUGACUAUGGUCCCAGCUGCCUUGAGAUCAUUGACAAUAUCCUCCUGUGUAGUUCUGGGCUGAUUCCUCACCGUUCUCAUGAUCAUUGCAACUCCACGAGGUGAGAUCUUGCAUGGAGCCCCAGGCCGAGGGAGAUUGACAGUUCUUUUGUGUUUCUUCCAUUUGCGAAUAAUCGCACCAACUGUUGUCACCUUCUCACCAAGCUGCUUGGCGAUGGUCUUGUAGCCCAUUCCAGCUUUGUGUAGGUCUACAAUCUUGUCCCUGACAUCCUUGGAGAGCUCUUUGGUCUUGGCCAUGUUGGAGAGUUUGGAAUCUGAUUGAUUGAUUGCUUCUGUGGACAGGUGUCUUUUAUACUGGUAACAAACUGAGAUUAGGAGCACUCCCUUUAAGAGUGUGCUCCUAAUCUCAGCUCGUUACCUGUUUAAAAGACACCUGGGAGCCAGAAAUCCUUCUGAUUGAGAGGGGGUCAAAUACUUAUUUCCCUCAUUAAAAUGAAAAUCAAUUUAUAACAUUUUUGACAUGCGUUUUUCUGGAUUUUUUUGUGGUUAUUCUGUCUCUCACUGUUCAAAUAGUCCUACAAUUAAAAUUAUAGACUGAUCAUUUCUUUGUCAGUGGGCAAACGUACAAAAUCAGCAGGGGAUCAAAUACUUUUUUCCCUCACUGUUUAUGCAACAAUCAAAUAUAUAUUCACCAUUUGCACACAGAGCUUAUCACUCUUUUUGUUACUGUUUCUAGGUGGCCUCUGUCGUCACGGUGGCACCCCUGUCCCCGCCCUGUCCGGAGAACACAUGUUCUGCUUAUGCGCAGAUGGUUACGGUGGCAAACACUGUGAGCUAGGUAAGGAACACUCUUUUUCACAUUUGGACACUUAACAACUACUGUACCUCUUUGAAUUGACGGGGGAACAAUCUAUUUCUUGUUAAGAUUCUAUGUGACUUGUGUGUGUACACAUCUAACUUGUGAGCUGUGGAAAUAAUUUCCUCAUGAAGGACAACAUAAUCAAUCAGUCAAUCAAUAUGUUUCAUUAUUAUUAUUUAAUUUGUUUUCCUUCAGAUACAUCAGCCACCUGCUACACAGGCACUGGGAUGUUCUACAGAGGUAAAGUGUCUCGGUCAGAGAGUGGACGCAGGUGUGUGGGGUGGGACCUGGACACCAGAAAACGCCUGAUGGGGUCUGACGUCUCCUCCGGGAGGCACAACUACUGCAGGUAGUUUAAUUAAUCUGUGUCCCAAAUGGCACCCUAUUCCCUGUAUAGUGCACUACUUUUGACCAGGGCCCACAGGGCACUCUGUAGGGAAUAGGGUGCAAUUUGAGAUUGGGCCUCAGAUGUUCCACUCAACACUUGGUUGUUCAUAAAUGUAAAUGUGUACAUACAAUAUGUUUUUUACAUUUGAUGGAGGAAAUCUUCUCUUUUUUUUUUACUUCAGGAAUCUGGAGUACAAAUGGCGUCCAUGGUGUAAUGUAAUGAAGGGUGGUGAACGGGUGCAGGAAUACUGUGAUAUCCCUCGCUGUGGCGUACCUGUGGAGACAGGUAUUUAGGUGUGGCGUACCUGUGGAGACAGGUAUUUAGGUGUGGCGUACCUGUGGAGACAGGUAUUUAGGUGUGGUGUACCUGUGGAGACAGGUAUUUAGGUGUGGCGUACCUGUGGAGACAGGUAUUUAGGUGUAGCAUACCUGUGGAGACAGGUAUUUAGGUGUAGCAUACCUGUGGAGGUAUUUAGCUGCUUUUCUUUCUCUUACCUCGUAACUGUUGUUUGAUUCUUUCAUAAUUUUUAGGCUUUGAUUGUGAGUAACAUGUAACCAUACCAUUACCAUGUUAUCACCAUGUUAUUCUGUGCUAUAAUGUAAAGUGGUAACAACUCCAGCAUCUUGCAGGUCCACUUGAUUAUCUGCCCGCUGAGCCCGUUGUACCAGACACAGGUGAGAUCAAUUUCCUUGGUCUUUCUACCGUACAAAAGGAAUAUAAUUAUUAAUAUAAUACAGUGCCUUCGGAAAGCAUUCAGACCCCUUGACUUUUUCCACAUUUUGUUAUGUUACAGCCUUAUUCUAAAAUGAAUGAAAAAAUGUAUCCUCCUCAGCAAACUACACACAAUACCCUAUAAUGACAAAGCGAAAAACUGUUUUUUAGACAUUUUUGCAAAUGUAUUACAAAUAAAAAACAGAAAUACCUUAUUUACUUACAGUAACUAUUCAGACCCUUUGCUAUGAGACUCGAAAUUGAGCUCAGGUGCAUCCUGUUUCCAUUGAUCAUUGUUAUGAGAAUUUCUAUCCCAAUGUUUCAAAAACAAAAAUGUAUUACUCAGUCUCAGAGGUUGUAAAUCUCUAAUAAUCAGACCAAGCAGCCCAGCAUACAAUCAUCAGGCUUUAUUCAUUGAGAAUUCUGCCCCUCACAAUGAGGAACACCAUUAUAUACACACACACAUUCUUUGUCCCGAGAGACACUCCCUGACUUAGUUUCACAAUUUUAAAACAUAACAACAACAAUUUCGCUCUUCAUCAUCUUUCAUAAACUAUUCUGAUUUCUCAGACUAGACUUCCUCAUUCCCUACAACAGUUAUGUUCUAACCUCAUGAUUGAAACCGCAACCGUUACUCUUUAGCAAUGGUACCUAACCUGUUUACCCACUAUCUGGAGACAACAGUCUAAGCCUAUAAUAAAGAACAUUUUGCUUUAUCACAUUAUGCAAUAUUGGUUAAUUAGUACAUCAUAAUUAAAAUAAGAACAUUUCACAAUUCUAUUUAAGGGUGGAACAUUUAGUCAUGACUUUUUAACCUGUAUAUAUUUAAUUUCUAUAUCAAUCCACCCUUUGACUAAAUUAUCCACACUUUAAUACACAAAAAAAUCAUUACAAUAACUUUUAAACUAGAGAUUUAUAGUUCUAGAUAUACAUCCAGUCACAGUUCUUCAUUAGAUUUUCACUGCAACUUUCACACAUUAGAACUAAGAAAAGUUUCAUCCAGUCUCAAACAAUCUGAAUCGUCGUCGUCCUCCACCAAGCCUGGUGGGUCAUAUUCUUCAUUCCUUAGGUCAGAGUCCGGGAUAGGGCCGUAUCUCACCAUCUGUUUGGGAAACUGCAUCUCCAACGCCUUGCUCACCAACCCUCGGACACAGGGAAUAAGACAACAUCCACAAAGAACAAGCAUACCCAUAGACGCAAUUGCCGCGCCUGAAAUAGUUACAACAAUAGUUUUCCAUUUACCAAACAUUUGAUCAAACCAACCGUUCAGUGAGCUAUCAAUACCAGAGUUCUUGGCCAGUUCGUUCGCCAGCGUGGUGAGUCCCUGAAGCGCUUUGGUCACGGAGCCGUCCGGUGCUGUAUUGUUGGGGAUGAAAGUACAGCACAUAGAUCCAAACAGAACACAAACUCUGCCCCGCUCAGCCAAAAGCAUAUCUAAAGCUAUUCUAUUCUGCCAUGCCAUUAAGCUAGUUGCCGCUGUCUGCUCAGCCAAUCCCUUUAUUGCAUCACGAGUGUGGUUUAUAAAUCUUUGCUGGUUAAAGUAAAUAUAAUUUAUCCAAUCUACGUUUUUAUUAAUUGUUGACCACCAGAAAAGACUUGAUUCAAACCCAGCUGCGAUCUGAUUCCUAGCUUUGAAUUCUUCUGGAACCCCUCGAGGUACUCCUAUCCCAUCAAUAUAUGUCCUUUCAUCAAAGGAUCCCGGGAGGAGGUCCCGCUUUCUACGUGACAACCCACCCUCUUCUGAAACGUUGGAUUGUUUGAUGAGAGUGAAGGGCAUUACGAGCUGAGCUAACUCACAGGUUCCCGUCCAAUUCGUAUGUAGGUGGGGCCACAAUCUGGUGUUACCACACAACCACCAGAUGUCAGCACGGGCCUGAUUUUGGUUCCUAAAAUCCUCUGGCUGUAACAAAGAGGAGAGAUUAGUCAUGGUCUCUUUAGUAGUGGCAUUCUCUGUGUGGGAGCAGGAGCUAAGAUGCCCUACCCUGUAUCCUAUCUUAUUAGUCCUAGAAAAACAAUAAUAAGAAUCCCCUGAGACUUCAAACGGAGGUAACCUAGGUCGGGGUGACUUUGUUAUCGGGGGAUACAGAUAGUGCAAGUUACUACAAGACUCCUUCACCACAUUCCCAGGUGGCUUGAACAAUUUAACCAUGCAGGAUAAACCUGACGGAGCGUUAAAGCCCGUCAAGGGGAAAGGAGUAGUUGUUAACCUUGGUUUGGCAGUCCGACAGGCGUAGCAGUCGUCUAUGGACAUAGUUCUUGCCGUAUACUGGAUCCAUUCUAACCACAGGUUAGGAUCCCUAUACCCAGUCUCCACCUGUACUACUUCCUUCAGUUUGCACUAUCUUCACCACAGCCCCGGUCUCACUACCUCCCUCAAAGAGGUGUACUCUAUAGGGUGCCCCAGUUGAAGAGGAUAUCUCACUUGUCAGGUCUGUAACAUCUGCUGGGUUGAUUACUACCCAGAAAGUCACUAAUGGGUCUUCACAACAUUUGCGGUCAAAUCCUAUGUACCACAUUCCCUCAUCCGUAGCCUUUACCUGUUUUAGCGUAAUUAAUAAGUCUGUUAAGUCAGGCCUGGGUAGUACAAUUUUUUCAGUUUCUUCAAUACAGUUAUGGGGACUACCAUCAUUCACAACUAGAACUAAUGUUGCAGGAUUCAACGUUGUACAUCGUUCAAUAGUUAGAUUUGGCAUGUUCAGCAAUAUUAUCAUACAAGAUAGGUGUCGUGCUGGUGACAUGUACGCCAUCUUGUGUUCCAAUAGCAGAAUUGACACUGCAUGUGGAACUUUUAAGGUUAGAUCAUGGUAUAGUACAAUUGAAGCUGAAUCCUGCACUGCAUUAGCAGCUGCCACAACGGAUUGCAAACAGACAGGCAUUGCCUGAGGCACCUCAUCAAGUCUUGAAGAAAAAUAUGCUACCGGUUUAUUUUUGUCCCCAUGUUUUUGUGUCAGUACUGAUGUCAUAUAUCCCUCUCUACAAUCCACAGUUUGAGUGAAUGGUCUGUCAUAUCUAGGAAACACCAGCACCGUUGAAGAGGUCAAUAAUUGCUUAAUUUCCUCAAAUUGCAAAUCAGCCUCGUUAUUCCAGAUUAUUUUAUCAUGUGCUGCCAUAGCUUUUCCAUAGAUAAGAUCACUCAAUUUUCCAGUGUGUAAUGCAUAAUGGGGAAUCCAUGCUCGACAGUAAUUUAUCAUUCCCAAAAAGCUCAUCAUUUGUUUCUUAUUCAGAAGUUUAGGAGCUUCAAAUAUUGCUGUUUUUCUUGAGGAGUUUAGGGUUCUCCCAUCCUGCGUUAUCGUGUGACCUAGAUAUAUUACCUCUUGUAGUUUCUUUUUACUGACAUUGUGCCCUUGUCCUGCCAUAAAGGUUAACAACUGGAGAGUAUCCUUUUUACACCCCUCCUUCGAGGGGUUUGCUACCAGUAUAUCAUCGACGUAUAUCAAAAUUUGGCUCCCCUCUUGGGGUUCAAACAUUCCCAGGUUACGUGUGAUAGCCUGGGAAAUUUUUUUAGGACUUUCCGAAUAACCUUGUGGAAGUCUCGCGUACGUGUAUUUCUGACCUUUGAAGGUAAAGCCAAACCUUGACUAUCAGGAUGUACAGGUAUACUAAAGAAAGCAUUAGCUAUGUCUAUCACAGUAAAGUAAGAAUGUUCGGGUUUCAAUUGGUUCAAUAGAGUGUGUGGGUCUGGAACACAGGGUGCUCUUGGAAUUAUGUUCUUAUUUACCCCCUGUAGGUCCAUUACCAUUCGCCAAUCAUUGCUUGGAGCUGCCUUCUUUACUGGAAAUACAAAUGAGUUACACUGUGCCUCAUCCCCGGGGAUUACCACUCCACCUUUGAGUAAGUGGUCAAAUGUGGGAGUAAUCCCUAUAAUGGCUUCUGGUUUCAUUGGAUAUUGUUUUUGGUAUGGCCUAUGGUUUGACCGCGGAACAACCUGGACUGGAGUUACUCCCUUAAUUAACCACACAUUGGCUGGUCCCUUAGACCACAACUCCAGAGGUACAAUCUCAAACUUACUUUCUUGUUCCUCUGUGAAGUGAAUGUCUGGUCAUCAAUUAUCGCAUCCUAUGUCUAGGUGCACAGCAGGUGUGCAACCUGCUCUCCAAUUCAACUUCCUACGAUAUCGGCCGGUUGAUUGGCUAUGUUGGUCCCCGUUAGGAGCAGUCUGCCAGUCUUUAACAUACUUCGCCUGUGUCACCCAUUUCCCCAGAUCUAACCACUCCUCUUGAGCUUCAUUUGCCAAGGAGACAUGAGGGCUCCAUCUCUCUCUAUAGAAUUGCUGACUUUGUGGCCCCAAUUCGACUUCUGCUGCUGCAUGGGUGUCAUCAUAAUGAAACCAUUUCAAGCCUAUUGUCCUUUCUGUGGUUUUAAACAGAGCUUCCUCAUAUUCUUUACUAGGGCCAGAGUGUGUAUUAUACCACAGAGUACAAUGUAAGUCAUCGGGGGACAUUUUAGUGGAGCCUGGUACUACAUCAUCAGCAAGUUCCAUCAAGGUUCGGGGAAUAUCAGUUAUUCCCCCCUUAACAAAUCUUGACUAUACCAAUAACAUGGUUCCCCUUCCCCACAGACCACCAUAUUGUCUCUGGCUAUGUGUGCUUUCAUUCCCCUCUCAGUGGAAAUGACGGCCACAUUCAAUUUAGUCAUUACAUCACGUCCUAGUAAAUUUACCGGACACAGCUUAGAUAUCAGGACGGGUAUGGUUGCCUCUCCUCCUGAUUGGUCAUGUUUUAGAGUUAUUGGGGCUGAUAACCUUUCAAUAAAUUGAUGAACCGAUCGCACUAUGAUUUUCUCCCCAUUAAUCCUGACUCCAUCUGGCUUGUCUGUUGCAGAGAUUACUGUCCUGCAGGCUCCCGUAUCACAAAGGAAUUUAAUUUUCUUACCCAUUACUGUCAAUAUCAAAUAAGGUUUCUGUUCCUGUUGAAGUGCUAAGUCAAUAGUAGCCAAUUCAAACACCUCACAAUUUGGAUCAAUGGGUUCCUUAGUCUCCCCCUCACUAGAGUCUACUCUUUCUCCCUCAAGGGCUAGUCACGCCUCAUCUUCCUCUUCCUCACGCUCAAAGCUGGGGAAUAGACGUCUGUUAGGCUUCUCUCUUUUUUCUUUCUUUCCCUUUCCUUUGGGUUUGCAUUGAAAAGAGUUAUGGCCUGUCUUACCACAGUAUCUGCAUGGGGCAUCACACUCUCUGGCGAAAUGCCCUCCUUUGUUACAAUUGAAGCACCGACCUCCCCCGCUGUAGCCUUCACUUUUCCCUGUGUUUCUGACUUUACCCGCUAUUUCCCCAAGAGUGGCCAUUAGGUACUCUGCUCCUUUCUGCUCUUUCUUGGGUCUGUCCUGUCUGUUAUUCUGCUCAUGAUGGAUUGCAUAUCGUUUAACCUCAGCUAGUGAUGCAACCCCCCAACCCACCAAGGUCCUUUUAAUGGUCCUGCUUAUCUCUGGUCUCAUUCCACUGAGGAAUGCGGUCUUUAAUUGCUGAUGGUAGGGCGUAUCAUUCCCCAGUGCCUGGUCUGGCUCGGGUAUGCCACUGUUUGCAUUGAACACAUCCCUAAGCCUCUCUAAGUAUUGGCUGAUAGACUCACUAUCCUCUUGUUUACACUCAUGUACUUUAGAGAAGUCUGCGUGACGAUGGUAAUGUUCCCUGAGGCUAUUACACAGUUCAUUUAUUUUCCCAACAUAGUCUCCUUGAUCAGCCCAUGGCAUCCCCUGGAACCCACUGGCCUCUAACGGCAGCCCAAUCCUUUCCUACCAUUUGUCUCACUGCUCUCUCAAUCGUGCAUACAUUUUGAUCGCCCGUGUUUAACUUCAAACUUGCUGCCAAGCCUUCCAGAUCUCUCCUAAACCCAUUCUAUUCCUGUUUUGGGGAACCACUCGGGCCACGUCCCUCUGUGUCCACGGCCUGUAUACAUCUUAAGUGGCUGGGGCUCCAUCAUUCCCUGCCAAUGGGUUAGGUAAGGCUAUCAUUGGGUACUGCCCCCCCCCCCCCCCCCCACACACUUCCUCACCUUUAUUUGAAUUUAGAUUACUUCCAACUCUCUAAUAAUUGUUUUUGUCACUUUAACUGAGCUGUUAGGUAUUAAAUAAUUUUAAAAUUUUGCUUUUAAUGAUUUAUUCGAUCUUUAAUUAAUUUCUUAUAUGUUUCUUCCUCAAAAUAGUCAAUUGUAAUUGCUUACUUCCUCACACUAUCUAUUUUGGUCCCUGUCUUUGGAAUUUAUUCUUAGAUGUGAAUUUUGAGCAAAUAUUAAGUCUCACACAAGAUUAUUGGUUAACACUACCGGCAACUUGGAGUUUGUACUUAGACAAAUUACGGCCCCAAUUUCAUGACGUGGUGUUUGUACUAAGACAAAUUACGGCUCCAGUUUCAUGGAACGGAUAGAGUUACUGCUAAUCUACAGUUGUUUGUGACUUAUAAUAUUCUAUUUCUCACACAUACUAUUUUAAUUCCUCCUAGUGUACUUUUGACAACCCUCUUUCAUAUUCUCUCAACACAAGGCUAGUUUAUGUUCGGUAAUGGCCUCUCUACCCGGAGUCUAUUUCGGACCCCCCCCCCCCCCCCCCCCCUUUGCUACACCACUCGUAUUUCCUACUUAUUUAGAAUACUCACGCACGGUUUUCUCUAGAUAAGCGUCUAAAAACACGAUGGCAAGACUUCCUUGAGGAUUUUGGUAAUCAUUCUCUGUCCUUUACAAGAAUUACAAGAGUUAUUGCAAGUUCAGAUAAUUUCCCCCAAAACCAUGAAUAAAGACUACUGACCUUAUUCUUGUAGCUGGGACUCAAUUUGGUUGGAUCUCGUCACCGUUCCUGUCGUGAAACAGUUCACCGCCGGCCUGGAUUAACCCUCAAUCUUAGAGGUCAGGACUUUGUCCCACGGAUCCUAGAUCCGCCCGUGCAUGGUUUCGGGGUUCCCUCGGACGACAGACAACGGGUGUUGAGAUCCGGCUCGAAGGACCAAGCUGUUAUGAGAAUUUCUAUCCCAAUGUUUCAAAAAUGAAUUUAUUACUCAGUCUGUAUCCCAGAGGUUGUAAAUCUCUAAGAAAUCAGACCAAGCAGCCCAGCAUACAAUCAUCAGGCUUUAUUCAUUGAGAAUUCUGCCCCUCACAAUGAGGAACACCAUUAUAUACACACACACAUUCUUUGUCCCGAGAGACACUUAGUUUCACAAUAUUACAACAUAACAACAACAAUUUCGCUCUUCAUCCUCUUUCAUAAGUUAUUCUGAUUUCUCAGACUAGACUUCCUCCUUCCCUACAACAGUUAUGUUCUAACCUCAUGAUUGAAACCGCAACCGUUACUCUUUAGCAAUGGUACCUAACCUGUUUACCCACUAUCUGAAGACAACAGUCUAAGCCUAUAAUUAAUAACAUUUUGCUUUAUCACAUUCUGCAAUAUUGGUUAAUUAGUACAUCAUAAUUAAAAUAAGAACAUUUCACAAUUAUAUUUAAGGGUGGCACAUUUAAUCAUUACUUUUUAACCUGUAUAUAUUUAAUUUCUAUAUCAAUCAUCCUUGAGAUGUUCUACAACUUCAUUGGAGUCCACCUGUGGUAAAUUCAAUUGAUUGAACAUGAUUUGGAAAGGCACACACCUGUCUAUAUAAGGUCCCACAGUUGACAGUGCAUGUCAGAGCAAAAACCAAGCUAUGAGGUCGAAGGAAUUGUCCGCAGAGCUCAGAGACAGGAUUGGGUCGAGGCACAGAUCUGGGGAAGGGUACCAAAAAAUUUCUGCAGCAUUGAAGGUCCCCAAGAACACAGUGGCCUCCAUCAUUCUUAAAUGGAAGAAGUUUGGAACCACCAAGACUCUUCCUAGAGCUGGCAACCCGGCCAAAACUGAGCAAUCGGGGGAGAAGGGCGGUGACCAAGAACCUGAUGGUCACUCUGACAGCGCUCUAGAGUUCAUCUGGGGAGAUGGGAGAACCUUCCAGAAGGACAACCAUCUCUGCAGCACUCCACCAAUCAGGCCUUUAUGGUAGAGUGGCCAGACGGAAGCCAAUCCUCAGUAAAAAGGCACAUGACAGCCCGUUUGGAGUUUGCCAAAAGGGCACAUAAAGACUCUCAGACCAUGAGAAAACAAGAUUAUCUGGUCUGAUGAAUUCAAGAUUGAACUCAUUGGCCUGAAUGCCAAGCGUCACGUCUGGAGGAAACCUGGCACCAUCACUACGGUGAAGCAUGGUGGUGGCAGCAUCAUGCUGUAGGGAUAUUUUUCAGAGGCAGGGACUGGGAGACUAGUCAGGAUCAAGGGAAAGAUGAAUGGAGCAAAGUACAGAGAGAUCCUUGAUGAAAACCUGCUCCAGAGCGCUCAGGACCUCAGACUGGGGCGAAGGUUCAACUCCCAACAGGACAACGACCCCAAGCACACAGCCAAUACAACGCAGGAGUGGCUUCGGGACAAGUCUCUGAAUGUCCUUGAGUGGCCCAGCCAGAGCCCGGACUUGAACCCGUUUGAACGUCUCUGGAGAGACCUGAAAAUUGCUGUGCAGCGACGCUCCCCAUCCAACCUGACAGAGCUUGAGAGGAUCUGCAUAGAAGAAUGGGAGAAACUCCCCAAAUACAGGUGUGCCAAGCUUGUAGCGUCAUACCCAAGAAGACUCAAGGCUGUAAUCGCUGCCAAAGGUGCUUCAACAAAGUACUGAGUAAAGGGUCUGAAUACUUAUGUAAAUGUGAUAUUUCAGUUUUAAAUUUGUAAUAUAUUUGCAAAUAAUUCUAAACCUGUUUUUGCUUUGUUAUUAUGGGAUAUUGUGUGUAGAUUGAUGAGGGGGAAAAAAACUAUUUAAACUAUUUUCAAAUAAGACUAACGUAACAAAAUGUGGAAAAGGUCAAGGGGUCUGAAUACUUUCAGACGGCACUGUAUAUAACUAUCCUUGACCCUUCUUCCGUGCUCAUUCUGUUAAGUUUACAUGGCAAUUUGAAUAUACAUUUUAAGCAACUUAAACCUUUUUCCAUGCUCUUAUCAGUCUCGUUUUCAUUUCAAUUGAUUUGGUUGCUCUCUCACAGCGUCCACUCUGACAGAGUCCACAUGUGGCCAGCGUACCGGGAAGCAGAUGAAGAUCGUAGGAGGGACAGUUGCUACUGUGGAAUCCCACCCGUGGAUGGCUGCCAUAUUCUUGAGGAGCAGGCAUUCUAAAGAGAAUGUGUUCCGCUGUGGAGGAAGUCUGAUCUCUCCGUGCUGGGUGCUGUCUGCUGCCCACUGCUUCCCUGACAGGUAAGAGGCAGCACUGACAUUUCUCAAUGGUAACAAGCCAGUGAAGGUAUACCGUGUCAUUUAUGAGAUAUUGAUCGUACUUUAGUAGCCAUUUCCUGCAGUUAAAUAACCUAGUGGCCUCAUGGGUGGAAUUAUAUUAAUAUUUUUCAUAAUUUCAUAAUUAAAUCUUUUUUUUGAGUUUUCUGUGAUGUAUAUAAAGUGUAUUAUUGGGAUGAGGACUCAACAUUCAAUACAUUUCAACUCUAUAUCUGACAUUGUAAAGAUGUAUUUUUUUUAAGCCCAUAACCAUGUGUGUGUGAGGGGUAUACUUUUGUUACAAAGUAGGUUAGUAUAAGACUACCCAGAAACACUCUGUGUGACGCUGAUAUAGCCCAGUGCAGUAAAAGGUUAAUCCCCCUAAAGGGGACAUGGGAUUGCAGCAGACAAUACAUACAACCCCAAUAAAAUAAAUAAAAACACAAUAAAGGACACACAUGAAGACACAAAAGCAGCACAUCAUCAAUGAAUAUAAAAAAAACAAAGUGUUCCUGUUAAAAAGCUUAAGGUAAAAAGGACCUGCUGAAAUGCUCCGUUUUGCUCCUAGGUAAAAAUAAAUACAAUUGAACUGAUUGAUCUGACGCUAUGAUGUUCCGCUAAUGUUUUCAUAGUAUGUAACUAUAACCUGUUACCAUGCGUUUAGUAUGUUAUUACCACUUUAUUCUGUGCUGUAAUGUAAAAGUGCUACCAAACCACUUGUUGAUGUGUUUCGUUGGGGUUUGAUGUGUUGUGUUGGCGUUUUGAUGUGUUGUGUUGGCGUUUUGAUGUGUUGUGUUGGCGUUUUGAUGUGUUGUGUUGGCGUUUUGAUGUGUUGUGUUGGGGUUUGGAUGUGUUGUGUUGGGGUUUGAUGUGUUGGUGUUGGGGUUUGAUGUGUUGUGUUGGGGUUUGAUGUGUUGUGUUGGCGUUUUGAUUGUUUGUUGGUGUUGCUGUGUUGUGUUUGGCGUUUGAUGUGUGUUUUGUUGGGGUUUAUGUGUUGUUUGUUGGGUUUAUGUGGUGUGUUGGCAAUUUGAUGUGUUGUGUUGGCGUUUUGAAAGGUGUUUGUGUUGUUGUUGAUGUUUGUGUUGGUGUUUGCGGUGUUGUGUUGUUUGGGUUUGCUGUGUUUGUUGUUGAGCGUUUUUGUGGUUGUGUUGGGGUUUGAUGUGUUGUGUUGGGGUUUCCUCACACAGCUCUCACACUAAAGCCUGCAGCCUCUCCGUCACUCUGGGGAAGAGUGCCAUCAACGAGACUGACGACACCAAAGAACAGACGUUUCAGGUGGAGAAGGUCAUCGUGCACGCAGAGUUCGACAACAGUGAAGGCAACUUCAACAAUGACAUCGGUAUGAAUUAACACUGUUUUUAUGUCCCAGAUCUGUUUGUUCUGUCUUGCCAACUCCUCUCACGCCAAUGGCCAGAAGAGUUAGCAAGACAACACAAACAGAUCUGGUACCAGGCGAUUGAAUUCCCAUCUCACUGUGGUAUUGAUUUUUGAGUUUGUAUGUUGUGUGAAGGCCAAAUUUGAAACUUCAGUACAUGUGUCAUGGUAUUUGAGACUGUCAUGAUGAUAAUAAUGCAGAGUGGAUGAUUGAUGCGUUUCCCAUACAGCUCUGCUGAAGUUAAAGGCUAUAGAUGGUCAGUGUGCAGAGGAGAGCAGCUCUGUGAGGACUGUCUGUCUGCCCCCGGAACGCCAGGCCCUCAACGCGGGAUCCUCCUGUGAGAUAGCUGGAUACGGAAGACAGAAGGAGGGUAAGGAGGAUCAUCUACAACACACCAGAGCCCGUAUUCAUAAAGCAUCUCAGAGUAGGAGAAGACAAGUUUAUGGGGAAGACAAGUCCAUUAACUUACAAAUGUGUGUUUAUGCUCACAACCCAACCCCCCUGAGACACAAACACCCCCCCGAGGGGCUGGCACAGUGCAGUGCCCCUGGAGCAAUUAUAGGUGUUUAAGUGCCUUGCUCAAGGUCACAACGGCAGGCAAUGGUAUUGAAGAUGAUACCCCGCACCAGAUUUUUGUCUGAGCUGGGAUUUGAACCAUCAACCCUCCAUCCUCCGCUUCUCUAAGCGCCCACCCCAGAGUAGGAGCGCUGAUCUAGGAUCAGGCCCCGCCUUUCCAUUCGUUUAUAAUCUAAAAGAAAACUCUGAGUCUGAGACACUUUUUUUGAAUACUGUCCGAGACCUCUUAUUUAAAUGUCUCAAACAUUGUUUUGUUGUACUGUGUCCACUCUUCAUGAAGGUUUAUGGUACAAUUCACAGUACCUGAGGGAGGCAACGGUGAACCUUUUGGCCCAUGAUGUCUGCUCAGAUAAGGAGUACUACGGAAACCUGAUCACAGAUAACAUGUUCUGUGCUGGGACACCGGACUGGAGUCAAGAUGCGUGCAAGGUAUGAUCUGCAGAAGUGACUUGAAAUGACAAUUUCUCUUCAGCAGUUAAUGUGUAUUUGGAAAAUAAUGCCAUUCAAAGUUAUUGAAAACAGAGACAUGUAAGAACAAUAUAAGGAGAGUGUUUCUCCAUGAUAAAUAUUCUGUACUUAGAGUAUAACUACAUAUACAAAUAAUAAUGAAUUAAUUGUGAAUAAUGAUGAGUGAGAAAGUUAGAGUCAUAGAUAUCAUCAUGUUAUUGGUAAUGGUGAGAGGUUAGCAUGUCUUGGGGGUAUGAUCUAAAAUGCUAACCUCCCCUGUUAUUGUAAUGGUGAGAGGUUAGCAUGUCUUGGGGGUAUGAUAUUUGUGCCUUUGUAACUUUCUCACUCAUCAUCCUUCACGAUUGAUUCAUGAUGAUCCGUAAUCAUGGUAGCAUAGCAUCCACAUUAAUAUAGAAGAAGUCUUUAGAAACACAUUCUAUUCUUAUUUACAAUAAAAGUGACUCCAAAAUGACACAAUACAUUAUUUACCAUUCAUUUCUAUUGGGCACAAAAUAACCUGAAACACAACCAAAACAAACUGCAAAUGCAUCCAACUAAUUUGUAGAGUCACAAGCGUGAUGUACUGUAGUCAUUGAUGCUAGGAAUAUGGGACAAAAUACGAAACUUUUGACUACUUUAACACACAUAUAAGUGAAUUUGUCUAAAUACCUUUGGUUACCUAAAAAGGGGGGACUAUGUACAAAAAGUGCUGUAAUUUCUAAAUGAAAAUGCCCUCAAAUUAAAGCUAACACUUUAACCUCAUAGUCAUUGUACCAUUUCAAAUCCAAAGUGCUGGAGCACAGAGCCAAAACAAUAAAAACGUGUGUCACUGUCCCAAUACUUUUGGACUUCACCGUGUAUUAUACAGUAUUUAUUCUUUUCUUCCCAGGGUGAUUCCGGAGGGCCCAUGGUGUGUGAGGUGGAUAAUCGGAUGUUCCUUUUUGGAAUCGUCAGUUGGGGCGAGGGUUGUUCUAGAGCAUUACGCCCAGGCGUGUACACAACAGUGACCAACUACAACAAGUGGAUAGAGGAGAACACAGGCCUAUCCUCCAUCGCAUCAGGGUCUAUGUAUCCACAGAAA